AUGGGUUGAGUUAUCCGUGCACAGAGAAAGGGAAGAGGAUCAGUUUUCAAGGCGGUCACUAAGCACCGCAAGGGCAAGCCAUGCCUGCGUGCGCUCGAUUACAACGAGCGCACGCACUACACACGAGGCGUCGUCAAGGGGAGACUGAAACAACUUGAGAUCAUCCACGACCCCGGCCGUGGCGCCCCUCUUGCCAUCAUCCACUUCCGGGACCCCAACAGCAACCGCAUCCGCAAGCUCCUGAUCAGUGCGGAGGACAUCUCUACGGGCCACUACAUCUACUACAGAGCCCCCGUCCGCCCCACAGCGUCCCUGGAUGUGGGCAACGUGCUGCCAAUCGGCAACAUCCCUGAGGGCACCGCCGUCUGCAACGUCGAGGAGAAGUACGGCGACCGCGGCCGCCUCGCCCGUUGCUCCGGCAUCGCUGCCCAGAUCGUGUCCCAUAACCCCGACACCAACAGGACGCGCAUCAAGUUGCCCUCUGGCAGCAAGAAGGUCCUACUUAGUAGCAACCGCGCAAUGGUUGGCAUCGUCGCCGGCGGCGGGAGAACUGAGAAGAAAUUGCUCAAGGCUGGCAACGCUUAUCAUAAAUAUAAAGUGAAGCGCAACUGCUGGCCUAAGGUACGUGGUGUGGCCAUGAACCCCGUGGAGCAUCCCCACGGAGGUGGUAACCACCAGCACAUUGGCAAGGCCAGCACCGUGGCAAGGGACAAGACCCCUGGUCGCAAGGUCGGUCUCAUCGCCGCCCGGAGGACCGGUCUGCUGCGCGGCACCCGCGCGUCCAAGCGCGGCCACGAGUAAACCACGCGCUUGUG